AUGAUUCUGGUUCUCUUGACCAACAGUAAGGUUUUCGUUAUCCUGUCUCAUGAUCUCAAUUUUCUCCCGGAUCGUCACAUUCUCCUGCUUCAGGACUUCGUAGCCAUCUCUCAACUCGUUUUCUUGGCCAACUCUGAGAUUUUCGUUAUCUUGUCUCAUGAUCUCAAUUUUGUCCCGGAUCGUCACAUCCUCCUGCUUCAGGACUUCGUAGCCAUCUAUCAACUCGUCAGUUUUCUUAUUCUGGUUCUCUUGGCCAACUCUGAGCUUUUCGUUAUCCUGUCUCAGGAUCUCAAUUUUGUCCCGGAUUGUCACAUUCUCCUGCUUCAGGACUUCGUAGCCAUCUCUCAACUCCUCAGUUUUCUUAUUCUGGUUCUCUUGACCAACAGUAAGGUUUUCGUUAUCCUGUCUCAUGAUCUCAAUUUUCUCACGGAUCGUCACAUCCUCCUGCUUCAGGACUUCGUAGCCAUCUCUCAACUCGUUCUCUUGGCCAACUCUGAGAUUUUCGUUAUCCUGUCUCAGGAUCUCAAUUUUGUCCCGGAUCGUCACAUUCUCCUGCUUCAGGACUUCGUAGCCAUCUCUCAACUCGUCAGUUUUCUUCUUCUGGUUCUCUUGACCAACUCUGAGCUUUUCGUUAUCCUGUCUCAGGAUCUCAAUUUUGUCCCGGAUCGUCACAUCCUCCUGCUUCAGGACUUCGUAGCCAUCUCUCAACUCCCAAUCCGACUGCAACAGCUCCUCUUUCGAUAUGUGUACUCCAUCGGACUUCUACAGCGACUCAAAGCCUCCCUGGUGGUCCAGAAACACUGCCCCCUCCGCGAUACAUAA